CAGUGUUAUGGAACGAUGGGUUUUCAAUAGGUGGAGCAGGUGGAGCUCCACAAUGGGUUGCUCCACAAUGACGCCAUAUACCUAAAAACGGAUAUGAUAUCAUCAUGACUAUGCAAAAUGUCAUUGUGACGUAAUACCUAUAUAUAGAUAUGACAUCAUCUAAAUGAUAAUGAAGAGGGCCGGGAUGUGUAUCCCCCACCCCCCGCACAUGAAGCAAGCUAGUGAGUGCUUGCAUGAUCAUAUUCGAACGUAACGAUGGGCCUAUUGCACAACUUUUGAAAAUAUUGCAUCUUGUUUGUACGUUCACACAGCAGCUAGUGUCUUCAAGCACAUUUGGGCCCUGUCUUUGAAGAGUUACAUGUACGAUUGAUCCAAUCAAUCACAACUAUGGACGGCGCCAGCAAUGUCAACAUCUGCAUCGAGUCAACAUGAACGCUCUUGAUAUGUCCAACCGGCGUUACGCAUGUUCCCAAUGCAAUAGGACCUAUAGUCGGAAGUUUGAUAUGCAGAGGCAUGAACAAAAAGCUCACCCUGAUACAGAAGAUGAAGGCAAAAUUGAAUCUUCCGACGCUGAAGAAGGUACAAGUGAGGAUGAUUACUCCGAACCACCCUCUCAAACGGAGGGAGUUGAAGAAUCUAGUGAUUCAGAAAACGAUGGAGAGGAUGAAUCGUCAAUGUCAGAGACAGAUAACAUGGAUGAAAUUGAAGACAACCUUGCUUACCAAGUAUGGUUGGAGCAGGCCAUGACAGCCACCAAGGACCUGAGAGACGAAAAAUAUCAGAAAUAUAUUUCAGAGGGAAUGGAAGAAGAAGACGCUAAAGAAAAAGCGCACGUGAAAUUACUGUGGGCCGUCAAACGCAUCUUUUUCGAUCUUUACUCCAAGUUCUUGCAGCAAAACAUUAGCCUAGGAGAAGCUGACGUCAAUCACGAGAUCGUUUCUGAUCUCAAGGAAAGACUAGAAAAUGGCAUGGAAUUCCAGAAAGCCGUACAAAGAGUCUUAGCCAGGCAUGGUCCACAAUUUGAUGGUUUAUUCCAGUUCCAAGAUGGAGGUGACGAUGACGACGAUGAUGAAGAAACAGAGAGUGAGGAUGGAGUCUACAACUAAAGGCACAACACCACCUUGUCAACAAAAUAAUCCAAGAACUGGAAAACUCCGUCAACAUAAAUGACAGAUUGAACUCUAUUAUUUCUAUCGUCAAUAUUCAUACCAGCCAUAGGCCUAUACAUGGAUUGUGUUACAGCGAAGAUAUAACAGUUAACAAUUAUUUUGUCUACAACAUACGUUUACUACAUAACUUCGAUUACUUUUACCUUUGUAUCAAAAUCUGCUUUGUGUAUAUGUCUGGACUUAAAAUGGAAUAAAAAUGAAUAAUAAUAACAUAUAAUUGUACAGUGUUCUAUGUUAUCACCAUGUGCGUGAAUGGAGUUGACCUGAAGCUAGUGCCAUCUAUGUAAUACAAUUUGUGUGAGUCAGAAAGCCA